AUGUCAGACAGAUCUCUACCAGUUUGUCAUGAUGAGUGUUUACAAAUGCUUAUUGGUAUAAUUGACUCCGGAGAGGAUUUAAGAAGCUUGAUACCAGUAAGCGCAUUGCAAAACUUGUUAAAACUCGCUUGGAAAUGCAAGUUCCCUACAUAUCAAAGUUGCCUCACGAUCUUAGCAUCCAGGUUUAAGCAGCGGGCCUUGCUGGUUCAUGAGAUCUGGCAUGCUGCUGGUGAUGAGUCCACUGAUUUCCCCAGAGUGGAAAUGCCCACACAUAAUUCAUCAUUGUCAUGCCCGAGUCUGACAGAUUUCCGUGUCACAUGGGCUUUCUUGGAUGCGCGAGUUGAAGAUGCUUUUGAUUUGAAAAAGACCAUCCAAGAGGCUACGAAUUUGGCAGACGCUGUUGGUGCUGGGGUUGGAGGUUCUUUGCAAGGAUUGAUGAAAGAGAGUUUUUCAGGGUUAAAGAUCAGUGGCAUUACCAUCUGA